AUGGUGAAGGCAGACAAGAUCGGAUACUUCAAGAUUCAGGCGCAAGCCAAGGCAAGUAGAUACCUUCGCAAGGGAGCACGAGAGUCGAGACGAGGGACACGCCGAACAGAAAUGACAAUUGGACUCAGUACUCAGAAUGUCCAAGCACUCGGUCGUUUUCCUCCAGGAAACGCAUUCGACGAGCGAAGAGAUCCCGACGUUGACAUGGAUACAUAG